AGAGGAGAGAUUAUUUAAUGCUUUUGAGGAGUAGGAGGAAGAAGGAGAUGGAAUCCGGUGUGCUUUUAAUCGGAAUGCGAAGGCUGUAGAGGUUUGGGAACGUGGAUAUUGUUGGAUUCACAACGGCAGCGUUCAACACUGGGUUUACCUGAUCCUCACAAACAAACCUGAGCGAGAGACAGCAAGGACAUAGUUCCCCUCUAGACAAUCUUCACUCGCUUUCCAAACGGGAGAUCAUCGUUCAUUUAGAGUCUGUGCUCGAAUGAAGUUAAUUUUCUGCAGCCUCUCCGGAUUGCUGUUUAUUCUUUUUGGUGGAAUGAUUUGUAUAAUUGUUCCCAUUUAAAGACUGGGCUUUAUUUUUAACACCACUCUCCCUCCAGUUGGCAAACUCCAGCGCUGGAUUUUGCUUCCCUUUAUAAAGAGCUUUUUUUUUGCAUUUCGUUUUUUUUAAAAAAGGAUUGGCGUUUGCUGACCUGUCUAUCAUAACAGUUUUAUAUGCAAUGGUGUAUUCACUGCUGGGAUAAGAGACUUUUGCAGCUGGAGUGGAGAAUGUGAAAGAAGGCGCGCUGGGCUAAGAGCUUGUGAAACCCAGCCAUCGCCCCCUCUCACCCAGUGACCCUCCAGAGAGCAGAGCCCGGCUUGGCUGACCCACACAGUGUUUGGGGAGACGGAGUGGUUCCACUGAGCACAUUGGAGAGACUAUGUUUGGAGAUGAUGAGGUGGAGUUCUCAGAGCGCUGCACAGGAGAUUGGUGAGGAAACUGAAGAUGGUGCCAUCUACACGAUAACGCUCAGGAGAGUUCAGGUGCACCAAGCAGCAAGCAAAGGCCAGCGAUGGCUGGGGGUAGACAGCGAACCUGCCAUGAACCUGUACGAGACGUGCAAAGUGCGGACCAUCAAGGCGGGGACACUGGAGAAACUGGUGGAAUACCUGGUCUCCGCCUUCAAAGGCAAUGACUCCACCUACGUCACCAUCUUCCUGUGCACUUACCGCGCCUUUGCCUCAACCAAACAAGUGUUGGACUUGCUGCUGAACAGAUAUGGAAACUUGCACCAAAUGAAUGGAGAUGUAUCCAAGCUUACGCCAGACGACAGGCUGGAAUUGAAAAAAACCAUUUCAUCGAUCCUGGGUGCCUGGCUGGAUCAGUAUUCGGAAGAUUUCAGGAAGCCACCGGAUUACUCCUGCUUGAAGCAUCUCCACGCCUACAUCCGUCAGAUGUUCCCUGAGUCAGACCUGCAGCGUCGUGCCCAAACCCUGCUCGGCACCUUCCAAAGGCACAAGGGAGCAGAGCCCGAUCAGGAUGCACCUGAUCACAGUAACUGCACCUACACAUUGGUGGAGGAGAAUGGAUUUGAAGAAGAAAAGCCCGAUUUCCUCUCCUUCGUUGCGAGUGUGGUGGCCGAGCAGUUUACAUUAAUGGAUGCGGAGUUGUUCAAGAAAGUGGUUCCGUAUCACUGCCUAGGAAGCAUCUGGUCCCAGAGAGACAAGAAGGGGAAGGAACAUCUGGCGCCCACAAUCCGUGCGACGGUCACGCAGUUUAACAGAGUCACAAACUGUGUCAUCGCUACCUGUCUGAGUGACAAGACCCUGAAAUCCCAGCAGAGAGCUAAGAUCAUUGAGAGGUGGAUUGAGGUGGCCAGGGAAUGCCGAAUCUUCAAAAAUUUCUCCUCACUCCGCGCUAUUCUUUCUGCCUUGCAAUGCAACUCCGUUCACAGGCUGAAGAAAAGUUGGGAUGAAGUGUCCAGAGAGAACUUCCGGAUUUUCCAGGAAUUAUCAGAAAUCUUCUCUGAUGACAACAACCACUCCUUGAGCCGUGAACUCCUCAUCAAGGAAGGAACGUCGAAGUUCGCCACGCUCGAUAUCAACCCGAAAAGAGCUCAGAAACGACAACAGCAGCAAAAGGAAAUGGGUGUCAUGCAGGGUACGAUCCCAUACCUGGGGACCUUCCUCACUGACCUGGUCAUGUUGGACACCGCGGUGAAAGAUCAUUUGGACGGAGGCUUGAUCAACUUCGAGAAAAGGAGAAAGGAGUUUGAAGUGAUCGCCCAGAUUAAGUUGCUGCAGUCCGCCUGCAACAAUUACUCCUUCACCCCGGACCAUCGGUUUGUGGAGUGGUUUCGAAAUAUCGAGCAACUGACCGAAGCUGAAAGUUACAACCUCUCGUGUGAAAUUGAGCCUCUGGCUGAGUCAGCAAGCAACACUCUGAAAGCAAAAAAGAACUCUGGCAUUAUCAAGCGAUGGACCGACAGGCAAACCCCGACGGCGGACACUCCGAGCCCAGGCGCCCAGUCUCGAUCUUGUGAGCAGCUGAAGUACGGACCGUAUCUGGGUGGUGGGGACACGGCAGACUCAGUUAGCGUUACCUCAGCUGGCUCCAGCAACUCCGACGCGGAAGAAAUCAAUGUCAGCUUCAUCUCGGAAUCGCCAGAUUCCCAGGAGAAGAAGUUCUGGGAAUCAACGUCGCUGUCCUCAUUGGACACAUCCGGAAUCGGCUCAGGGUCAAGCAGUGCAUCCUCAUCCUCGGUCUCCUCCACUCCUAUAACGUGCUCCAGAACACACAAACGCUCUGUCUCGGGAAUAUCCAGCUACUCCACACUAUCUCUGCCACUUUAUAACCAGCAGGUGGACGACUGCUGUAUCAUCCGGGUCAGCCUGGACGUUGACAAUGGGAACAUGUACAAGAGCAUCUUGGUGACGAGCCAGGAUAAAACACCUGUCGUCAUUCGAAAGGCUAUGGCCAAGCACAAUUUGGAUGGGGAUAGGCCUGAGGAAUACGAGCUGGUGCAGAUCAUCGCUGAGGACAGGGAAUUGAAAAUCCCUGACAACGCGAAUGUAUUUUAUGCUAUGAAUUCAUCUGUCAACUAUGACUUUAUGCUGAAGAAAAGGGGCCACCCAAAAGCAGGCAAAACGAAGCACGUUUCCAGUUCGACACUCCCCAGAAUGAAGCAAAAGGGACUGAAGAUUACAAAAAGUAUUUUCUGACUCCUCUGAGCUGGGCUGACUCCCUGGAUUCGCCAAAACUUUAUAUAUAUAUAUAUAUAAAAAAAAUCAGUGUUACAAUUAAAUGUGCAAUAUUGUCUCUGCCAGAAAUGUCAAACCACAGGCACUUAUUCAGUCCUAUUGAAGACAUGGAAAGGCACUACACUAGAAUGGACUGGGUUUGACCGGGGUCUCCCUAUCAUGGGCAGUUCCAUCUUUGGCAGAAAAGAAUGGCAUGAGAGAACGGUCACAUAUCCAGUAAAGUAACUUUGAACAGACCGAUCACGGGGACUGGUAGUAUCAACCAGAAAGGAGUAUUUGCGUGAUGGAGAGAUAUGUCACAGGAGCACUGGCUCGCCAAUGAAGAUGGGAAGCAUUGCCCCUGGUUUGUCCAGAGGUUAUUGAAGUUGGUAUAGAACGCUGAACCUGUCAUUGUAACAUAGAAACUUUGGUAUGCCCCAAUUCCUAGCUCUGGAGGCAGCUCACCUAUUACCUGCACUUGUACAGUAACUUGCCCUGAAAUUCUGAGGAGAGAGAAAGAAAACGAUGACUUCAACCAGGUGUGAGAAUCCUUACAGCCGUCUCGGAGUCCUGCUAUGAAGAGCCCUCCACCUUGGAGGUUAUCUGAUGUUAAAGGGACCCUGUCUUAAUCCACAUUGAAGAGGGAACACAGCCAGCAGUGGGUUUAUCAUUGUGUGGAAAUGAGAAUUUUAACCUGGGACUCACUUGGCUUGACGUUGCCAAUCAGACCAUAGACUAGAAGACAUCUGAGAUAAGAUGGUCAAAUGAAAUAGGUCAGAGUGGCCAACAAAUGAUGGCCAAACCCUCAAUGAAUCAUUACUACAUUUCAACAAAGGGUCAGUUGUUGCUGAGGAGCCUGGAUUGGGGUCAAAAUUGACAAAGUUGUACAGUUAAAAUCUAAGCCAUUCUUUGGCUGAUAUGAAAACCCUUUGUUCCUUUUCUUAAGUUGCAAAGAAAUGGGACUCAAUUUCAAAUGAAUUGUGCUGACUUUUUUUUAAAAAAAGUUUGUUUUGUAAAAAAAAAUGAAUCUUUUUGGGACAAUAUUUAUUCAUUGUACAGACAUUAAAUUCUUAAGUUGAAUUGUAAAUUUCUUACUGUUGAAUAUUAUUUAAUAUAUUGACUUGUUACUGAUAGUUGUAUUUAUCUUGCUGUUGCUGAGUAGGUCUUGUCCGGUGAAAAUGUGAUGUCUUUGUUACUUUUUUUUUGUAUCAUGUAAAAAGAGGGAUAAUUAUGAACACAACUUCAAAUGA